GAACCCGGAUGUGCCUGUGGAGCUGUGUUGGCAAUCUGCGCGCGGAGAUUUGGGCGCUCUCUGGGUGCCUAGGGCUAGGCGGAUGGCUCAGGAUUGGGCGGGAUUCUCUGAGGAAGAGCUAAGGAGACUAAAGCAGAAUAAAGAUCCAUUUGAACCUCAGCGCCGUCUCCCAGUGAAAAAAACUCGACAACAGCUUCAGCGAGAAAAAGCCCUUCUAGAGCAGAGUCAAAAGCUUGGCCUUCAAGAUGGAUCAGCCUCACUGCUUCCAGAGCAGCUGCUCUCUACACCCAAACAGAGAGCUGACAGUCAGAAACCAUGCCCUUCUGCCCCUGCCGUCCCCAGUCCCCUCACACUCACCUCUUCCACUGGCGAUGGACCGUUACGUGGUGUGGAAAGUCAGUCACAAGAACCAGGACUUGAGAAUUCCCAUCAUGGUCACCGAAGUGCAGAGGUUCGAGCUCCAAAGCCAGAUUGCAAAGUGGAGAAAAAGAAAAUGGAAUUGCAAGAGAAGUCUCGCUGGGAAGUCCUCCAACAAGAACAGCGACUAAUGGAAGAGAAAAACAAACGGAAGAAAGCCCUUUUGGCUCAAGCCAUUGCGGAAAGAUCUAAGAGGACCCAAGCAGAGACCAUAAAACUAAAGAGGAUCCAGAAGGAGCUGCAGGCCUUAGAUGACAUGGUGUCAGCUGACAUUGGAAUCCUCAGGAACAGAAUUGACCAGGCCAGCCUAGAGUAUUCCUACGCACGGAAGCGCUUUGACAGAGCUGAAGCUGAGUACAUUACGGCAAAGCUGGACCUACAGCGCAAAGCCGAGACCAAAGAGCAGCUCACCGAGCACCUGUGCACCAUCAUCCAGCAGAACGAGCUCCGGAAGGCCGAGAAGCUGGGGGAGCUGAUGCAGCAGCUCGACGUGCAGGCUGACGAGGAGGCUUUGGAGCUGGAGGUGCAGGAAGAGCAGUUGAGAACAGGAGAACAGGAGGCACAAGCAGCCAAGCAAAUGGGUCCUGUAGAGAGGCCGUGUCAGCCCGAUGGGGUGAGCGUGUCUUCAGAACUGGCUGAAGAGAACAAAGAGUCUCAAAAGCAAGUCACUUACCCGGAGACAGACAAGCCAGGCAAAUGUCGCAGUACAACUCCUGGUAGACUAGACUGCCCAGAUCCAGGAGCCAAGAACUUGUCAGCUGCUGUGGCCACAUGAGGGCCAGUGCUUUGUCAGUUAACUUAUCUCCGUGGUAAAUUAUAGCCUAUCUCUGAUAAAACUUCUUUAAACUUGUUUGUGUUUGAAUCAUUGCUUAGUGUUAGUUAGUAUGUUAACAUGUCAGAUCCUUCCAAAGUCACAAGUUGUGACCAUUUCAUAUCUAGGGAGUGUUGAGCCCCCCCUUGGUGUUCUGUCAAGAUUAGAGCCUUCGUCGAGUUAGACUAAGUGACUCCCAGGGCAGGAAUGUGUGGGUCCCUGGGUUUGACCUUCAACACUACAAAACAAGCACAGUGGUAGGAGAAACCUACAUGACUUCUCAACCCUUGGCCAAACUUAACUUGUGAGAGAACAUUGAGACUGGGUGGCCUUCUAUACAGUCAUUAAAAAGACAAAAAUUCUUAUAUACAGAGAGAAGAGACAAACAGGUUAAAGUACCUAUCUGGAUGCUACUAGAGCAACUGCACAACUUGCAAAUCCCAGCUUAUGAAAGGAACUAGACGGCCAAGCCAACAUUAUUUUACCUUUCAUUUGCCAGUAAAUGGCUUGUUUACACCUGGUUUUUGGUUAGAUAAUACAUAUCCAUAAGUUGUGUAUGUGUAAAUAUACUUUUACUGUAUUCUGAUUUCCUUAAUCAGUGAAUUGACAGGUAAAUUUAAACAAUGAAAGUGUUUCUAAAGAGACUGUGAAAAUGGCAAGUCUUAUUGAUUAUCCAACAAUGAUGUGUUCCCUCUCUAAAGCUCUGUAACGUGGAGAUUUAUUUGUCAGGAAUUGAUUCUGCUGUCAUAAGGCACUGAAAUCGCUAAAAUACUCGUUUUCUAUUUACUUUCCUUGUUCCUUAAUCACCUGUUUCUGAAAACUUGACUGGUGCAUUGUGCUAGAUUUGAAUGUAUAUAAAUAUUUUAGUUUUGCCACAAAUAUACAAAUAUUACCUUAAAUUAUGAUCGAUUUAUUAGAAAUUACAAAAAAUGAAAAAGAUGUUUCAUUCAUUUAAAAAAAAGCAGCUGUUUUUAAAGGAGAUAAAAACAGCUGUUUCCAUAAUACAUUGUAGAAAAGUUAGGGACAUCCUAUUUUUUAAUUAUUGUCUAAGACAUCUGAUAGAAAGGAUGCCUUGUAUUUUUCUAUCACCUGAGCUACAAGUACAAUUUUCCAUUACUGACUUCUAAACACAAACAUUUAUUUCUACAGUGUUGUUUUUAUUUAUGAAUGAGACACAAGUUUAAAACUUCAUUGCCCAAUACAGUCUUAUUUUUCUAAGGAAUAAACAGUCUGAUAUGUUUAUAGUA